AUGGGUGUUUCUGGAGACCACAACAGUAACAAUCUGACUGUGAACAACGCUGCAGCUUCCAUACUCGACGAUGAAGUGGGUGUUCCGGACGACGCGUGUUUCCCCCCAUCCGGGACACUCACAGCAUCGUUGUGGUCCAAUAGUAACAACGACCAACAACACGAGACUACCGAUCCAGUCGCCGUCAUUCGCUUGGACGCUUCGACUUGUUUGCGCCAGCCCGCGCAGAACGGCCGUAGUCUCGUGGUGGGUCGACACGUUUCUGUCCCAACCUCUGUCGAUACCAACAGCAACAGCAAAACAACGACCACUAGACGUAACACUCCCGCCAAUUCGCUCGCCGACAUUCGCAUUCAACACAAGAGCAUGAGUCGCAAACACGCCGUCUUUUACUACCAGCGAUCGAUCGCGUCGUCCACCGAGGUCUGCUGGACCUUGCGUCUGAAAGAUCUGGGAUCCAAGUACGGGACGACCGUCAACGGACAACGCAUCGCUACCGGGAACGACGAUGAUAACCAUAACAACACAAUUGUACUGCAACACGGAGAUACCAUUGUGUUUGGCAACGUACGAGAAACGGUCUUUCGCGUGCACUGGAAGCACGACCCGACAAUUGCCCCAACGUCCACGUCUACCGCCACCACGGCUACCACGACGAUUCCCGUCAGUGUGGACUCACAGUCAGUCGAGCUCGCCACGAACGAUCCGCACCGUCAACCAUUACCCGAUACAACACCCGACAUUCUCGAACGAGCAGGACAGGGAUUGACGGGUCGAGCCAAGAGACAAGCGGAAAUUGCCGCCAUGAUGGCGACUUUAGACCAAACGCCGCAUUAUCAACAACAACAACAACAACAACCACAGUUGGAGGAAACGUUACCGGAUAGACAAACCGCUAUCCAUCACCACAACGACAACACUACUGACGAUCACUUGUCGAUCACUGCCAAAAAUAAAAAUAACAACAACAACAGUUGGAAGCCGCCGUUGCCACUGCCGGUAAGCCAGCGACUCGUGCUCGCUUCGGAAAGCGAACGUCAUAAUGAAACCACCUGUCUAGCAAUGGACCCGUCCGGAGCACGCUUCGUUGUUGGAGGGCGGGACACAAUGCUCCGGUUUUACGAUUUCGGUGGCAUGGACCAAUCCAAAACUGGUGCCUUUCAAUCAGUUCUCGUCGACGACGGGCACUGGUUGGUCGAUGUCUGUUACAGUAACACCGGAGACCGAAUAUUAGUUGGUACCGGCAGUGUCCAACCCAAAGUACUCACCAGGGACGGUGAAGAAAUCUUGCAGUUUGUCCGUGGGGAUAUGUACGUGACGGAUCAAGCAAAGACCAAAGGGCACACAGCUGCCGUUACCGGGGUUUCGUGGCAUCCUUUGGAACGGGACCUGGUCUUGACCUCCUCGCUUGACGGUAGCGCCCGCUUGUGGAACCUCAACGGCAAAACGUCAUUUUCCAUGCUAGUAUGCGACAAGGUCUUUUUGGUCAAGAAUGAACGGGGUCAGCGCACUGCCGUGACGGUGGUAUGCUUUCAUCCAGGGGGUCGGGAAUUUGCCGUCGGCACCGCGCGUGGAAGCGUACAAAUUUGGAAUCGCCACCGAGUCGCGGCCCGUCCCGAACGAGCGGUCUAUAACGCCCACGGCAAGGGCAACCCGGUCUACGCACUAUGCUACAAUGCUGACGGUUCGCAACUGCUAAGUCGGAGUCCGAGCGAUGAUACGGCGAAAGCUUGGAACGCUCAGCGCCUUUCACGAUCAGCCCAACCAACCGCUAUCUUCCGGGGAUUAUCCACCAUUCACGACCGUGCCAACGCUGUCUGGAGUCCAGACGGUAAUUUUGUGUGUGCCGGUUCGGCGGAGGUACAAAAGAUUGAUGGGAAGCGUCGCGAAGUCGGGGCGUUACACUGGUACCAAUUAGGUCUGAUCAAAAACAAAGAUAGCCGCCAGAGUAUGGGUGCCGGUACCACAUCGUCACUACCUCAUACCCUUGAUCCCGUUCAUUCGAUUGAUAUGGUCGACAAUGCGGCUCCCGUAGUUGUGAACUGGCACGCUCGCUUAAAUCAGAUUGUCGUCGGGUGUUCCGACGGAAGUGUCAGUGUCUUUUACGAUCCGACGCUCAGUUCAAAAGGGGCGCUCAUGCCAGCUUCCAAGGUCAGUCGAGGAGUGGAUAGUCUUUCCGAACUGCUCAAGUCCAAGGCACCAACCGGAUCCGCUGCUUUUGUGGGCGAAAUCGUUACACCAUUCGCUUCGUCGGAUGGUACCAACAAGAAGAAACGCAAGUUUGACGAACCAGUGCAUACCAUGGAACCCGAACGGCCUACAUCGGGCAAGCACAAAACAGGCAGCCAGGCCGGCGGAGUUACCAAUUUUCAACAAUUUGUGGCGGACCAGACGCAAGUCAAGGGUAAGGUGAUUGCCGGUAGGGAUCCUCGAGAAGCUCUACUACAGUACCAAAAAGGAAAAAGCUAUCUCGGUAAAGAAACUAAAAUCUUGGCUGAGAAAACUGCCGAGGAAGAGGAGGAGGAGUCAAAGGCAACUUAA